AUGGCAACCGAUCCACGUCGAGCUCACCUUGCGGACCCACGUCGAGCUGCUGCUGCUACGCCUACCCCUCCACCACCUCCAAUUCUGCCUUCUCCAAUAUCCAAUUUGGCAGGGAAUGAUGCCUCGAACGGCAUCCCAGCUGUGGUGCCACAAAGCGAGUUCGAAAGCAGACUCAAAUUUUGCACCGUCUGCGCCAGCAACCAAAACCGCUCAAUGGAAGCCCACCUGCGUCUCGCCACUGCCUCAUAUCCCUGCAUCUCCUUUGGAACAGGCUCCUUAGUCCGCCUUCCAGGCCCUACCAUCACCCAGCCCAACGUAUAUCCCUUCAACACUACAUCAUAUCGCAGCAUGUACGACGAGCUCUCUGCCAAAGAUCCCAGACUUUACCGGGCGAAUGGCCUGUUGAACAUGCUUGAACGUAAUCUAGGUGUGAAAUGGGGCCCCGAGAGAUGGCAGGAUUGGUCGAUCGGUGCGCCAAGGCUAUCCCACCUUGAGAAGGGUGACAAAGGGGCCCAAGGAACAGAGGCAGGAGUGGUAGACGUAGUCAUUACAUGUGAAGAGAGAUGUUGGGACGCAGUUGUGGAUGAUCUACUAGCUCGAGGGGGUGUACUGAAUAAGCCGGUCCACGUCAUAAAUGUGGACAUUCGAGACAAUCACGAAGAAGCUCUGGUGGGAGGCAGGGCAAUUCUAGACCUGGCGGACAGUCUCAACGAAGCCGCCAAAUUGGAAGCCGCUUUGGAUGGCCAGAGCCGUGGAGAUUUCGACGGCAAGGUACCAGAUGUCUUGGCGGAGUGGCAGGAAAGAUGGCCUCAGUUACCGGCGCUCUGGACUUUAUGCUGGUUUUGA